AUGGAGUCUUUUGAAGAACCUGGUCCUAUUGGUAAGGAGAACUUAUUAGAAGUUCCUACUUUAAGUGAUUGUUUCUCAGAAGAAGAAGAUGUUAAAGCUACACAUCAGCAUCGUUUCUCCCCUGGUCCCCGAAGGCGGAAUUCAGAAUCUUCUGAAGAAAUAGAAGCUGAAGUCCCCUCAACUAUUGCAAGAAAAGUUUCAUUUGCUGAUGCGUUUGGUUUUGAUCUUGUAUCUGUUAAGGAGUUUGAUAGCUGGGAAGUUCCAACUACAGUGCCUAAUGAUGAUUUAGAAGAUGAAGUUUUGCCUGUGGAGGAAUUCUAUUUAACUCCACUGUUUCUAAUUCCCACCACACAAGAAGAACUUUUGCAAAAUGUGCGUGCACAUAAAGUAUGUCUAGAGUUUGUAGAGUUUCUUCCAGGGAUAACAUGCAUGAAGGGCAUAAUUCGUGUUCUGAAUGUAUCCUUUGAGAAGUUGGUCUAUGUUCGAAUGUCUUUGGACAACUGGCUAACCUAUUAUGACAUCUUAGCAGAUUAUGUGCCAAAUUCUUCUGAUGGUGAGACUGACCAGUUCUUAUUCAAGAUUUCAUUGGUUCCUCCUUAUCAGAAAGAAGGUGCUAAGGUUGAAUUUUGCAUACGAUAUGAGACAUCUGUGGGAAUAUUUUGGUCAAACAACAACCAUAAAAAUUAUAUUUUGAUUUGCCAUGAAAAAGAAACAGCAUCAUCAUUGGAGGAUAAUAACCUUCAGGAAGAAGUUACAAAUAAACAUAUCAAAGGCUGCUUAAAGACAACACUAAACAGUAAAGAGGAAACAUUGGCAACAGCUGAUGAAGACAUUUGGCAUAAUCCCAGAAUCUCAGCCUCAGACAUCCCCCAAAUCCUUUAUUCGCAUGUGGAUGACAAUGAAAUUAAACACAGAAAAGAAAAUGAAGAAGAAAAAAACGUUGACCGUAAUGAAGAUGACAAUGAAAAUGAGAAAGAAUUGGAGUUGCUGCUAAGUCAGCACUUCACUAGAAGCAGAGGUUCUUCAACGAAUGAAAGGAGUUCAUAUGCAACUGAGCCAGUUAGAUUUCCAAAUGAACCACAAGAACUGGGGGACAAGCUAGACUCUGGCUUGCUUAGACAACCUCUGCCUAUAAGCUCUUCAUCAGAACAUGCUUUACAAGACAAAGAACUGCAGAAUAACCAAACAUAUUCCAUUGGAAAUGAUAGGCAGUUAUUAUUCCCAGAAAAAUGCACUGAGGUUGACUCAGUAAACAAAAGUGCACAGUCCUCAGAGGGUUUCAAUCCAAACGAAACCUAUUUCUCACCAGAGAAUUGGUCUGAAACCAAGGAAAAUCAGAUUGCCCAUAUUUCAGAUAUUGUCUCAAGCAAUUGUGGAAUGCAUCUUGCAAACGUUCCAAAUGAUGAAUCUAAUAAUGCCCCAAGAAGUAAAACAACAGAGAGAUUAUUCAUAGGUGAGGAUGAUUAUAACUUCAAAAAAGUAAGGGAGACAAUUUCCUCAGAAGAUGAUGAAGCAGGGAAGUUAAAAGAAAAUGCAUUGAAAAGAAAGGAUAAUAAUGCCAAGACAGUUCAGGAGCAACCUAUGCAGGAAAUAGCUUCCCAAACUCCAGAGUCAAAUUCAGAAAACGUCAUCAGACGUGAACCCAAAAGAGAGGAGGUUGUAAGCAAAAGCCAAGUGUGUGUAAACAGAGGUUUAAAUAGUGAUACUGUAGUUGAUGCUGAUGUCACAGAAAAUUAUUUUGUAAGCCCUCAUUCAGAAGACAUUGUAGAAGAAGAAUAUAAGUCUGAAUAUAAUGUUGAUAAGGAGAAAGAAAUCAUGUUGAAAAUUUUAGAGAAAUCUCCAGAAAAACGAAUAUGUUCUAACAGAAAACAUGUUAUAUGUGACAAUUAUGAAAGCCACAGGAUAGAUAAGUCACCUCAAAGAGAAAAAGUAAUGACUUCCAGUAUCCUAGAAGAGCAGAUACCUAAAUCAAUAGGGCUACCAUAUCUAAGCGAUAGUGGAGACUCAGAUGAAAAUAAAUCAGAAAGCAAAAGUUCCAUUAUAGAUGAAUCAAGUCAUGACUCGAAAAGGACAAAAGUUAAAAUCCCUGAGAACAUUCAUAAUACAAGCAGGCUUUGGGAAAGUCAACCUCAUGUUGUACCACCAACUGAUGACAGUAUCCUUAUGCAAUCUACACCAGUAAACACAAAGGAAAUGUCGGAUACCAGAAGCAACUUAGAAAAAAGGAAGUACAGUCAGAGCGAUGACCCAGCAAACAGAAACAUUUUAGAGACAGAAUCCUGCCAAAGUGAACAUGACAGGGUUAUUCUUAAAGAUCAGAGCACCUGGGACAGAUCAGUGAUUCAAAGGUGGAGUGGUUCAAACAGUCAGUUGGCAGAAAGGCAAAGUGAAGCAAAUAAAACAGUGCAGAUGAAGGAACUAACAGGUGGUGAAGCCAUGGGGGGUAUUAGCAAUAAUACAAGAUGCUUGAAAGUAAGUCCCACAGAUGAAUUGUUUACCUGCCAAGACGCACUAAGAUAUGAGGAGACUUCAGUCAGUAGACAAGAUAGUACAGGGGAAGCAGAGGCAGUUACAGCUGCUUAUAUAAUUAAAAUGACAUCAGAAAGUAUUCCUGAAAAAAUGUCUGCUGGUGAAAAAGCAGUAAUUGUUAAGCUACCCCAAGAGACUGCACUAAGUGACAGGCCCACAGAGAAAGAGGAAACUGUGUUUGAUAUACAUGAAGGAAGAAAUGAUGGGUCACAUUAUCCUCUUUGUCAAUGCAAUAGAGAGGGUGUAUUAUAUGACACCAAAUUUGGAAAGGAGUCUGCUUCAAAUAUUAAUAAUAUGCACACACAUGGAAUGGCACAUAUGGAAAUGAUUUCAACACAUGCUACAAACGAAAUACUUGCCAAAGCAGAACAUAAUUCCGUAAAUAAUUCACCAUCCACUGAAAUAUUAUGGCCUUUUUUGGCAGAAGGAAACACUGUUUCUGAGCAAGGUGUACAUUCUGAAGUACCAUUGAAACAUUCAGAACAUUCUUCACAAGGGUUACACAAUGAAGAAGCUGAAGAGGGAAGCAUCUGGAGAUCAUUUCCUGACAUAGCUCCCAAAAAUGAACCAAAAAUAUCCAGUUUUGAUAAAAAUAUGGUGGGAAGCUGUUAUGAAAGCUCCAUAGUGAUAUCUCCCAAAGGAUUUAUAGAUGCUCACACUGCUGAGAUAGAAAAGGUGUUGCCUCACCACACGGAUGCUUCAACUGAAAUUGCAGCUCGAUCUGAAUGCAACUUCAACCCAGCAGGUGAAAUAACUCAUGUUAUUCCAAAUAUCACUAAACCUCAAGAAUUUCCUACUAGUGAGGACAGAGAAGGAGACAUAGGCCAGUUUUCCCAUCAAACAGAGUUCAGUCCAGAAAAACAAAUAGGGCCCACAAUUUUAAUUAGGGAACUGACUGAUGAAAGAGAAGAGACAAGCUUAGAUUUAGAAGGUUUAAUAACUGAAGAAAAAAUGAAUGUUGUCGGACAUGAUGGCCAGCAAAAUAAAGCUUGUAAUUUACCUGCUGAGUGUCUUGUGUUAAAGCACAUUGCUUACAAGAUACUUUAUUUUCUUUUGUUCAUUGUAUUUUGUGUAACAUUGUAUCACUAUGAUUUAAUUGUUUGCUUUGUACUCUACUUAUUUUCAUUGUACUGGCUAUAUUGUGAGGGUAGGAGAAACAAAAAGUCUGUCAAAAAGGAAUAGUAUAAAUAACC